CAGGACAGGACAGGCGGCCGUCGGAUCUGUUGAAAGUACAACCACUGUGCCAUCUGUCAAACGAAUUUACCGUUGCACGAACUUUGUUUUUCGCGUUUGACGUUUAAAAGCGACGCUAUGGAAAACGCGCCUUUUUCCUGUAUAUUCUGAACUCUGCGACACGACUAACAUCUCAGCUAUCGAAUGUGCUAAUAAAGUUUCUUUUGUGUUGUAAACGUAAAACAUAUUUGGCCACCUCUUUAGUUUUCCACCCUCGCCAACAGGAUCGAAUUCGUGCGUGGCAGAGCAUUCUUUAGCCUGUCCGUAGUUCAAGUGGCCCGAUGUGGUCAGAUCGAGUAUGAGUGAAUGUGUGUUAGAUGAUGCAGAGACAGUGUGAGAGUGAGAGAGACACUUGCGGUGAGAUGAGUGGCUUUGGGAUUGGAUGUUUGAUUUUGCAACAAAUCAACGCACAGCGUACUCGUCCAACGCCCUUCCAAUUGCCUCCAGCACCAAAAGCCCUUUCCGUCUCCGAUCAAGCGAAGAUAUGACGAGGUUCGGUAUGCGGCCAUCGUAUAGAUUUUGCAUUAGUGUUUGAUCCCGCUACGUUUGAUCCAAUGGUGCCGUCCUAGAUCGUGGCCACUAAGUGUACACAAUGCAGAGGCCGACAGUACCGGCAUUAGCCAUGAUAAAGCAACCAGUCUUAGCUGAACUGCAGUACUUUGUAAAAAGCGUAUCCAUCCUGUACAAGGGUGUGCCGCUUAAAGACACAGGCGCACUGGUAAAAAGUGCGCUUCACUUGCUGGAGGAUCUCCCGUCAACCAGAGAUGCGGUGUUUGAUUAUUUUACGCUCGUUUUCAACAAUGCCGUCAAGGUGUACAUGCUCAGUACCGAGAAAAAUUUGCCCGAUCCUUGGGUAGACGAUGAAGCUGUGCAGGAGAUACACGAAGCGCUGGAACGUUUGGUAACGGCCGGUCCAGCCGCCUGGUGUCCCCUGAUAUCGUCCUGGUGUUUGAAGCUGCUUGGAGAAGUAUGCAAAAAGCACCAUCGACGGCGUCCGCCGCCGGAUAUCCGCGGAGCGUGCAACCUGUGGCUUGGGUGCAGCGCUAUUCGCUACCUGUUAAGCCUCAGUGCGUUGUGCUUCGAAAAGCUGAACGAUAAGGAAAUGGACGAUAGUAUCAACGAGCUGCUCGCCAUCUACGGUACGCACAGUCCGUUCUUUGACUGGGUCGUGGCCCGGCUCGGUGGUUGUUUUCCGCUGAAGGUUAUUACGAGCAUGCUUGCAAUGGGAGUAGGCCGGUUCACCGGUGAGUUCGAUCAACCGUCCGAGUCGGAGGUGGAAGUGCUAAGCUAUCUCGGGUUGGCACACGAGAACGAACUACGCAGCGCGCUGAAAUCAACGUUGGAAAAGGAGACCACUUCCAAGCAGGCGAUUCCGUACUUGUUGCUGCUGGCAAAAGCUUCCGAUACAGUAUCUCAGGCACUGGUAGCUGUUUUUCUGGAUCUUAAUGAGGAAAAACGGUUACAAUCCCUGAAAAUUCAACCGAAAAAUUGGCCCUCGAAUAUCAGUCUUCCGUACGUCCUGCAUACGGUCGCAGGACUUUUGCUGAAGAUGAAGAAACAUGCCAUCCAAGUAACACUGAUUCUUGCAAAACUGUCCACCCAGCACAGCUGGGGCCAGGAGCUGCUAGAAAUUAUGUUUGUGGAGCUGGAAACGCUCGUGCUCGAAAAGCAUUCCGUGCCACUGCUUGAAGACAUCAUACGCGACGGUUCACGGGAACUGCUGUGGAAUAGUUGUGCUUCCGACGUUCCGUACGUGCAACAGGUUGCGGUGCGAUUAAUCCUGCUGGCCAGCUUCAAAUCAAACUCCGUAUAUCACCAAUCAAUUGUGUUUCUGCUGUCGAUGGGUGAAGACCAGACGACCGUCGGUUCCAGCACAAAACCUCAUCUUAAUGCGCUCGUCCGUGUGCUGGCGGGACCUCAAGGGACGUCGGAAGUACCUAAGGUGCGACCCGCGUUUGAAACUGCCUUUGAAAAAAUACUAAUCUCUCCUUACAAGCGCGUUGAGUGUUGGAACAUUUUGCACAACUUGGUGGAACUGCUGAAGCUGGAACGUACCGCCAUUCUAGGUAGCACGCUACGCAAAGCAAACUGUGUCGGCAUUGUGCACGAGCUGCUGGAUCGAGUGUUGAAGAUUUGGGAAAAUUUUAUGAACCACGAAAGGCACGACGAACCGACAGUGUCGGCGUCCGGUGAACCGACCAAUGGCAGCGGAUCGCAACCGAAGGAACCUUCGAAAAGAAUUAAGAACGAGCUUUCCUCACCGGAACCAAUGGAAAUGGGGGAAGAAGCGUCGAACGACCAGACAACGGACGCCGAAUGCAAGACAGUAACUUACAAAGAUCUUAUACACGAAACGGUACGACUGAUCGAAUGCUUAGAUCUUGGCAAAAGCGUCAUCAUCGGAACCGGCCAAACGUUGAAGCUGUCCCAGCUGUUGGUGAAAUACUUUUUCUACUGCCUCAAACUGCUUGCCACCGGUGGAAGUAGUGCGGCAACCGGCAAGAUACCGGAAUCGCUCGAGGAGUCGCUGAAUAGAGUGUACGCCUUACUGUCCAAACACUGUGGCCACCGGAAAGCGGCUCGUACGGCGGCCCUGCGUGAGCUGCUGGAAGGUGCCCUGUUCAUGCAUGGCAAUCUGUUCGGCUCGCAGUCGGAGUCGCAAGCGUACAGCUUCGAUAAGCCGGACGAUUUUUUGAUCAAGCUUAACCAGAAGCAAGGCAUAGCGCUGAACGCAUCGCGAGCGACCGUGCUGCAUGCGGGCAUCAUCGGUCAGGGACCAAAAAUUCCAACCAAAAAAGCGAUUGGACCGGCGUCCGAAAUGCAGAACCACUUGCUGAAUGCGAUCGUGGCGUGCUGUCAGGAUGUGAACGAUCAUCAGGCAACGAUCGACGGAUUUAGCUACGUGUCACUGCUGCUGGUGGAAAUGAUUUCACCGGACGUGAUGUACAAUGGGCUGCCGUGGCCGGAGGAGGACUUUAUAAAGGUGACGAUGGAGCGCGAUUUGCAGAUACAGCGCACCUUUCGCCAAUCGCCGAUUCUGUGGUCAAUUCUCGGGCUCGUCGCGUGCUACCGACCCUCGCUGUGCUACUGUUCGGUGCUGUUGCGUGCCCUUUGUGCUUCCGCUUUGCACCAGUGGCGUUCCAAGACGGCCGAAACGCUGAACGGGGUGAAAACGGAUCUGAUGUACAUGACGACCAAGCUGCUGGAGCUGAUGGCAUUGGCGCAACUGUUGCCACCGCCCCUAAGCUACCUGCACAUUGUGUUGGAAUAUUUCGACGGGCCUGAGAUUGCUUACGUGCUUAAAGAAUGCGUGUGGAACUAUAUGAAGGAUCACGUCCCAUCGCCCGUACUGUUUGUGUGCGAUCCGACCGGUUUCCAUUGGCGUGAUCCACUCACAUCCCGGCCACCGUUACAGUACACGAAUCCGCUGCGCAACACCAUGCAAAAGAAGCUUACCCGGGUAGGGCACCUGUAUCAUCAGAUGUUUGUCGGGCCGGAGCUUCGAAAUCCUACCGGCAGCAGUAGCAGUAACCAGCAGCAGUUGCAGCAACAGCUGCCACCGCCCGUGGCACAAGGAAUCGUCGGUGGUGAUCAGGGGCCAAAGCCGGGUCCCAGCGGAAGCUAUGGACCGCUCGCACUAGGACCGGGACAGGAUCAAUUGUAAAGGCUGGAUGAAUUGAUCAUAUUUUCUUUGUAACAAAAACCUGCUGCCCUACAAAAUCCGUGCAAAGCGAUGCAUGUAAAAUAGUACAAUUAAAGAAGAUACUAAUGGGAUGCGAUCUCGUUCCUAACCAUUCA